AUGCAGCGCAUCCCGCCGCCGGACAACAACUACUUCUCGCUGAGGCCCGACGAGGCCGCGUUCUUCAAGGCACAGACGGGGAUCGAGGAUGACGAGGAGCUCAAGAAACAUAUUAUCAGUGUACAGCGCAAGGCGUACGAGUUUGCGCCGUACCCGUGCAUUCGGUUGUUUACGUUCCUUGACUUCCUCAUGGGUAGACUGCCGGCCUACCAGCAGCUCGUUAAGAUCGGGCGCGAGCGUGAAGAUGCCAUAUUCUUGGACAUAGCAGCUUGCUUCGGUCUCGACGCAAGGCGUGCCAUCGCUGAUGGAUUCCCAGCUCAAAAUGUGAUCAUUUCCGACUUGAGGCCAGAAUUGCUUGACUACGGGCAUGAUUUCUUCAAGACGACACCGGCGACGUACCCGGUCCACCAUCUUGCAUGUGACGCAUUCGACCCUACGAUGCUUGAGGUCGUUGCACCCUCAUACGAAAUUCCGUCUUCCCCACGGCCCGACCUCAACUCGCUCAAGUCUCUCAACCCGCUGCACGGCCGCGUCUCCGCCACAUACGCCGGCAUGUUUUUCCACAUCUUUGACGAGGCUCAGCAGCUCCACCUCGCUCGCGCCCUCGCAGGCCUGCUCUCACCCAUCCCUGGUUCCCUCAUCUUCGGGAUCCACACUGGAGCCGCGGAGAAGGGCACGAAGCAGCUCAAGAAAUUUGGCGCCGCCACUCAGAUGUUCUGUCAUUCUCCCGAGAGCUGGCAGGCGAUGUGGGCGGAGGUGUUUGCCGGCAAGGAAGAGACGGUCAAGGUGGAGGCUCGGGUGAAGACAUACCAGACGAAGGCAGGGGAACUUGAGGCGUUAGAAUGGUCUGUUACGAGGCUUUGA